CCAUACACCAUUGUCUCCCUCCCCAAUGAUAAUGAUCCAUUGCCUCCAACCAUUGUCUCCCUCCCCAAUGGAAAGGACAGGAUGUACCAUACCCAUUGUCUCCCUCCCCAAUGGAAAGGAUCCAUUGCCUCAAACCAUUAUCUUCCUCCCCAAUGGAAGGGAUCCAUUGCCUCCCAUCAGAAAGUACCAUACACCAUUGUCUCCCUCCCCAAUGGAAAGGAUCCAUUGCCUCAAACCAUUAUCUUCCUCCCCAAUGGAAGGGAUCCAUUGCCUCCCAUCAGAAAGUACCAUACACCAUUGUCUUCCUCCCGAAUGAUAAUAAUCCAUUGCCUCCCACUAGAAAGCACCAUACACCAUUGUCUCCCUCCCAAAUGGAAAGGAUCCAUUGCCUCAAACCAUUAUCUUCCUCCCCAAUGGAAGGGAUCCAUUGCCUCCCAUCAGAAAGUACCAUACACCAUUGUCUUCCUCCCGAAUGAUAAUGAUCCAUUGCCUCCCACUAGGAAGCACCAUACACCAUUGUCUCCCUCCCCAAUAGAAAGGAUCCAUUGCCUCAAACCAUUGUCUUCCUCCCCAAUGGAAAGGAUCCAUUGCCUCAAACCAUUAUCUUCCUCCCCAAUGGAAAGGAUCCAUUGCCUCCCACCAGAAAGUACCAUACACCAUUGUCUUCCUCCCGAAUGGAAAGGACAGGAAGUACCAUACCCAUUGUCUCCCUCCCCAAUGGAAAGGAUCCAUUGCCUCAAACCAUUAUCUUCCUCCCCAAUGGAAAGGAUCCAUUGCCUCAAACCAUUAUCUUCCUCCCCAAUGGAAAGGAUCCAUUUCCUCCCACCAGAAAGUACCAUACACCAUUGUCUUCCUCCCGAAUGAUAAUGAUCCAUUGCCUCAAACCAUUAUCUUCCUCCCGAAUGAUAAUGAUCCAUUGCCUCUAACCCCACCAGGAAGCACAAAUUCCUAUAUAUUCCAAAUAUAUGUAACAUCUAAACAAAUUCACCUUGAUCCUCUUCAUCAAUGCUUCCAGUUGCAGAAAGCCUUUCAUAUUGUUUCCUUGCUGCCUCCCACUUUAAGCCAACAGAUUUGGCAGAUAACAAAUACAGGAAGACUGUGCAAUCAUCUAUUCUAGCACCACAUUCAGCAAGUGUCAUAUGAUCUUUAGUAAUCUUUUUGUCUAUUAUCCAUUGCUGUAUGGCUGGUGGGAAAUCAAAGUCAAGGAAUAUUUUGUUUUUUAAGUCUUUUAUUGUCAUUGAAGGUUGAACUUUGAUAGAUUUAGGACCCACUGUGGUUUUCUGAUCUUCAAUGUACACUUUCAUCC